UGUGUGUGUGUGUGUGUGUGUGUGUGUGUGUGUGUGAACAGUAUAGUAGUACAUGUAAUGAGUUGAAAUAUACAGAGUUGUGCUUUGACUGACCAGUGACCAGUGACAAACUUAACACGGGGAUGGGCUGUCUAGUAUGUGGUGUGUGUUGUGUGGUGUGUGGUGAGUGGUCUGUGGUGUGGUUGUGUGUGGUGAGUGUUUGUGGUGGUGUGUGGUGAGUGUUUGUGGUGGUGUGUGGUAGUGUUUGGUGUGUGGUGAGUGUGUAGUUUGUGGUGGUGUGGUGUGUGGUAGUGAGGUGUGCCACGUACAGUCCCACCCGAAGAUCAGUAAUAGUGAACGAACUCUGAGCUCGCACUGAGAGGGUGACGGCUGGUGGUGGUGGUGGUGGUGGUGGUUGCUGUUCCCGCUCCUGAUAACCAGUACAGGCCUUUAACACACACACACACACACACACACACACACACACGUGACAGGCGUGUGGCGAGCAGUCUGCUGGUGUCUAGUGUCUAGUGUCCAGUGACCAUCUUGUCCAACCAGCGCGUGUCGUGCAGGACAAGAACAGGACUGAUCGUUCCAGCCUGACAGACAGACUCCUGCUGACCCCCGGGCCCAGGGUUGACUUUUGAGGGACGUGAAUCGCAUCUCCACCCAGGCAGGAACAAGGAGGCGGAGUUUGAAUCGCGCUGUGGCCACUCUCACUCUGUCACUGUCACACCAAGGCAGCCAGCACCACCUCCACCGCCACUCUGAAGGAAGAGCUUCAUCAUCAUCAUCAUCAGCAGCAGCAGCAGCAGCAGCAGCAGCAGCCAGAGCUAUGGACGACAACGUAGAGGACUGCCCUGUGUGCCUCAACACCUUUGACGACACCCACAGGCGGCCACGCAACCUGCCGUGUGGUCAUUCAUUUUGCACGCCGUGCAUUAAUGAACUGAAGGAGCAGGGUGCCGUCACGUGCCCCACGUGCAGGGUGAGUCACGCCCUGCCUGAGGCCGGCCAGUUCCCCAUCAGUUAUGCUGUUGAGGGCCUUAUCAGGAAGAUGAGAGGUGCAGGACUGGCCUGUGUGGCACCCAAGCCAGGAAAGCAGCUGACAGCUCCGGCAGCAGUGACACAGCCUGCACCAAGGGCCACAGCGGGACUCAGCAAGAGGACACGGUCCCUGCUGCAGGAGCAAGAGGCAAAGGUCCUGGCCGCCAUCCGCUCCUGCCAGGAGGAGCAGAGCCAGCUGGCAGACUACCGGACAACCCUGGGUGGGUGGUGUGGCCGCCAGCAGCAGCUGGAGGACGACCUCCAGACGCUGGUGGACCAGAGCAAGGGUGCCCGGGAGGCGAUAAGCCGCGAGGACUCCCGCGUGGAGGGCAGGCAGGAGAAGGUGCGGCAGAGAGGAGGCGCUGCACGCCAUGCUGCAGGAGCUGCGCACCCCAUCAACACGACAGGAAGCUUACGAGGUGAUUGAGGAUGCAGACCAUCUGCUGGAGGAGGAGGAGAGGGCGGCAGUGUUUCCUGACGUCCACGUGGUCACCACCGUCGCCAGG